CUGGUAAUGGGCUGGAUACCCUUUUGGGCAGCAAAGAAUAACCGGCGGUUCAACCAGUUGUGGCCAAUCAGCUGCUCGAAAACGCAGCGUUUGGUUAAGUGAGCUAAGAAAAAGAAAAAUUGGAUUCUGAAUCUUCGUCCCACUCUCCAUCCCCACCCAGCAACCUCCAACAGUCCAACUUCCUCUGCAGUCGCCAGUUCUGCCAACACAGCCGCGCUACGACGACCGGACUUCCACAGAAAGAUCACAGCGGAGUUUCCGUCCGAUCAUCCCUCCGACUAGAGGCAGGUACGCAAUAUAUAGAUACCCUUUUUUGGAAAUUUUCCUUUUGUUUGCUCGCCAAUUUUGCAUCUUUUUGUUGAUUAAGAUUUUUUCUCCCCAAGAUCCAGGGGUUUUGAAUUUUCAGUUUUUGAUUGAUUUGGGAUUCUUUACUAGGUGUAGAUGGAGGCUUCUAAAUAGAAUUUGCAAGGUUUUGUUAGUUUAGUUGUGAGUUGUACAAGGCAUUCGAUGCAAUUGGAGUGUGUUGUGUGCGAGUAACUAAGUUGAUAUGGUGGAUUAUGAUUUAUGUGUUAAACCUUUAUCAAAUCCCACGGAGCGGGUUUCUGUUCCCAUUUGCUCCCCUGUCUCGGAAGUGAUACAAAACUUGGGUUUGGGUUUUACUUGACUUCCAAUGUUCUUCAUUUUAUUUGACCACUUUUGGGUUUUCCAUUUUUCAUAUUGCUCAUUGAUUGUUUACCUCGACAGAAUUGGCCGAGUGAACCAUCUUGGUCUCUUCAAACUUCAGUCCUUCCCAUCCCCAGAGUGGUAAUUUCUCUUUAAUUCCAUCGUGAUGAUGAUCUUGUACCCCCAGCUUAUGUGGAAGUUAGCUGGUGCAUAGCUAACCCCAGUCAGCUUCAAACGGGUGUAGUCACAUCGAGCUGAAAGCGUUCGUUGUUCUCAUUUUCCUAUCGAGAUGUUUGAUUUUGGCCUCUUCAUCUGGCGGAGUGUUUGCAAUUUCUUUUAACCUGGUAUCAUUUGUCACUUGUUGUGGUACAGGAAAUGUGCAAAUAACUUUCCGGUGCCUGAAAUCUGCAAUGCAAGCAAAGGGCACAUUUUCCUCACCCGGUUUAACACUGCUUCCCCUCAACAUACCAUGUAGUUCAUCACGCUCAGGUUCUUUGUCAUGUUACUUCCAGAGGAAGCAACAAAGGAUGACCAUUUGCGCUUGUGUGGCACCUCCUCUGAAUAUAGGCAGCAAUGGAAUUUCAAAGACCAAAAACAAUCAUAUGAGCAAAUCAGAGGAAUUGCACUCGGUAUUGGAACCGGAGGAUGACUCAGACGUUCUAAUUGAAUGUAAAGAUGUUUACAAAUCAUUUGGCGAGAAGCAUAUAUUAAGAGGUGUGAGCUUCAAGAUCAGACAUGUUGAGGCAGUUGGAAUAAUUGGACCUUCUGGCACUGGCAAGUCUACAAUUUUGAAAAUAAUGGCUGGACUUCUUACCCCAGACAAGGGCGAGGUUUAUAUUCGAGGUAGGAAAAGAGAUGGGUUGAUUAGCGACAAUGAGAUCUCUGGCGUGCGAAUUGGAUUGGUGUUCCAAAGUGCAGCACUGUUUGAUUCUUUAACAGUUCGUGAAAAUGUCGGUUUCUUGCUGUAUGAAAGUUCUACAAUGCCAGAGGAUCAAAUCUCAGAGCUUGUGACUGAAACCUUGGCUGCUGUUGGUUUAAAGGGUGUUGAGGAUCGGUUGCCUUCUGAGCUAUCUGGCGGAAUGAAAAAAAGAGUUGCUUUAGCUCGAUCUAUAGUUUUUGACGCCUCCAAGGCCACCAUUGAGCCAGAGGUGCUUUUGUAUGAUGAACCUACAGCUGGACUCGAUCCGAUUGCAUCAACUGUAGUAGAAGAUCUCAUCCGCUCUGUCCAUAUGACGGGAGGAUGCAGUCGGCAAACCUGGCAAGAUUGCGUCCUAUGUCGUGGUUACUCAUCAACACAGUACCAUUAGAAGGGCUGUCGACAGGUUAACCUGAGAUUUCAGACCAAUGUCCAUAUAUUGCCUGAACUAGGAAGUGACAUUCUGCAUUUUCUAUCUUGUUUCAUGACAGCUUUAAUGUACAUGUAUUAAUACAUGCAGGCUACUGUUUCUUCAUAACGGGAAGGUCGUGUGGCAAGGAAUGACUGAUGAGUUCACUACAUCAACCUCUCCUAUUGUUCAGCAGGUAGGUAACAAGAAUUCACUGUCACAGUUAUUGUCUCGAUAAAAUCGGUCUUAGUAGCCCCAGUGAAGCAAAUUCAUCUAUCCUUCUCAUCUGUCUGUUCCAGUUUGCAUCUGGGAGCCUUGACGGUCCGAUUAAAUACUAGAGGACCGGGCUCACGGCGUUGUAUGUGAAGGAAGAGAUGGUGGUAGGUUGUCAGGUUUGAAGCUGUUAUUGUGGCUAAUUCUUGUUUACUAAAUUGAACAAAAGAACGAGGCCAUUCAUGUUUGGGGAUCCUGUUUUUUUCUGGAAGGGGAUCGCAUUUUGAAAUGUAAGGUCGUUUGGUUCCUCUUUGUAAACGUUGUUGUAUAAGGUUGGUUGCCUGCAUUGUUCGAUGAAUUGAUUGAGCUUCAAUGCAAUGGUUUCAUUUUUUCUGUACCACAUUUCAAAAUGUGUCUUUGAAUGAGAUGUGAAAUUAGUGGAAUGGUAUUCGCCUUUCCUGCUAAAAAGGUCAUUUGCUACCUCAAAGGAGCAAUUUUUUGAUUUCGCUAAACUUAGGAUUGUCGUAACUUGGUGCGCAGUAAUCUGGUCAUCGUAAACAUAAAAAUGAUCUUGCAUGACUUUUCAAAGACUACAACUUUUACUAGGAAGAAAUUUUCAAAAUAGGAAAUGUUUUUGGAUAUAUGGGAUUUUGGGAAUAAAUUUAGCUUUAAUUUUCACAUUUCCAUAAAUAUUCUGGGGAAAAAAAACGAAAAAAGUUGAAGUCAUCGAAAAGUUAUGUGAGAUUGAAUUUUUUUUUUCCUGUGAUCGAAUAACCGAACACAAAGUUAAAGUCGCUGGAAAUUUCUACCUAGGUUCGGUGUAGAUCACUUUAGACCUCAACGAUGAAGCUGUUCAUCGCUUUGCACCUCAAUGGUGAACAACUUCAUCUCUUUAGACCUCAGCAACCAAGCUGCGCAAACAUGAGUAGUUUGAGAAUAUUUCAUAAAAUUGUUGUAUAACGAGAAUUUUUUAACUAACGUGUGUACUUGGAAAAAAAAUCUAGUGGAAUGUGAUCGUAUAACACCUGAAAACUCAACUGGUAUUAGGAUGGAAAUUUUUGUCAUUUAAUCUUAAUGUGAGACGGUGAUAGUUUAUUGGGUUGCGCAUUACCUUGGGUACGAUGCACGUCUUACUAAUGGAAUCACAAUUCUCGAUCUCAUCUUAAAGUACUAUGAUAUGUCAUUUAAGCUUAAUUUCAACAUUAAAAUUAGUUUUAAUACAUAUUUUUUAUGAGAUUAACUGAUAUCCAAAAUGAAAUAAAGAUAGAUGUUUGACUCGUGUCUUCAAUGAACAUUAGUUUAUGUGAACUCGAUUAUUUAGUGUCGUGUUUCAAGUAGUUGUCAAUCAAUACAUUAAUAUUAGAUGUAAUCCUUGCAAAUGAGGAUGGUUGACCUCUCAUUUUGAUCAUUCCAUCAAUAUUUGUCACUCAAUACAUUGGUAAGAAAAGAUAUUUCCUACUUUAUGAUUAAUCUAUCCAUUUGCAAAAAAAAAAAACAACGUUGAUUAAAUGACUGUAAAUUUU